UGAUUUUUGAGAGAAAAAGAAAACGACAGAAAUUAUUCCUUUUAAAUACACACACAAAAAAGGAAAAAAACUCAUCGGCAGCCUCCAUCGAGAGGAGGAAGAAGAAGAAAACGAUGGCUUUGCAGGCAGGGGUCUCCACCUCCAAGGUUCUCAUUCUCGUCGGUGCAGGUUUGACUAGUUCGAUUAUUUUGAAAAAUGGACGGUUGUCUGAACUCAUUGGGCAGCUUCAAGAAUUACUCAAGGGUGUUGAUCAAGUUGAGAUCGCCCCCUACAAAUACGAUAGCGCUCUUCUUGCAGCCCAGAUUCGUCAAUUGGCGCAAGAGAUUAAGGAGUUGACCUUAUCCAGUCCUGUAACCAUCUACAAUGGAAAUUCUGCUUCUAAUGGGAGUUUUUCAUCUUACCUAGUGCCAGCUGCUGCUCUUGGAGCAAUGGGAUAUUGUUACAUGUGGUGGAAGGACUGGUCAUUUUCAGAUGUAAUGUUUGUAACAAAGAAAAAUAUGGCAAAUGCUGUUGCAACUGUGUCAAAACAAAUGGAGAAUGUAUCAGAAACAUUGGCUUCAACCAAAAGACAUCUAACAAAAAGGCUGGAAAAUCUGGACUGGAAGAUUGAGGAGCAGAUAGAAACAUCUAAGCUCAUUGCCAGUGAUGUAGAUGAGAUGAAAUCAAACCUUUCCCAAAUCGGAUAUGAUGUUGAAUCAAUCCAUCAAAUGAUAUCUGGCCUGGAAGGAAAGCUUGAACUUCUCGAAAGCAAACAGGAUACCACAAACUCUGGUCUCUGGCACCUAUGUCAAUUUGCUGGAGGCUUUAAAGAUGGGCUUGGUACUAAAGUUUAUCAGGAUGUUGGUGCUAAGCUAGCGAACCCUCCAGCAAUGGCAUAUGAAGAAAGGUCUCUAAAGGGUCUUCAAUUUAUUGCUGAAACCAAAGAGUCGGAUAAGGUUGAGAAACCAGUAGAAAAUGUGAAGAAUGAUCUUCAUAUCUACCCUGGUGAAAAAGUCAAAACUGUGAAGACGAGAGUACACAGGUCAUAUCCGGUCGGGUUUUCUUUGACCCGAGACAUUGUCGGAUCCGGCAUAUAGAUUUCAAUUAUCUACUGGAUGUUUUUGAUUUUUUAUGCAGACAUCCUUUCUUUUGAUUCCAUGAUGUGCAUGGCUCGUUAGAUUGACUUAUCGAUUCUUGCAAUGAAAAAUGCGGGUUAGCUUUGGGUU